AUGUCACAUGUAGCAUACAUCAGUGUGUUUUACUCUUCUCCCACCCAUCUCACUGUAGGCAUGGAACCCUGGCUGAGGAAUGUGCUGAUACUUGCUGCAUGUUGUUAUGGUAUGAUAAUAUUAUUUUCCUAACUCGUUUACUGCCUUUUGCUCCCAUCCUUUUCUUUUUCAAACAUAUUUUUCAGUAUAACACUACCAGUAUUCAUUUCAUAUGUCUUUAUAUCUUCUAUCAUGUGUGGUCCUGCGUGGCUCAGUUAUAGAGUAUGGUGAUUGCAACACCAGGGUUGUGGAUUAGAUUCCCACGGGGGACCAGUAUGAAAAAGUACAAAAAUGUAUGCACUCACUACUGUAAGUCGCUCUGGAUAAGUCUGCUAAAUGAAUGAAUUUAAAAUGUAUAUCAUGUUGCUUGAUACUUUUCUCAUUCCUUUUCAGAAUGCAGAGGAGAAGACACAGUCACUCAGCCACCAGGAGAUGUGAUCGCUACUGAGGGAGAACAGGUCACACUAGGCUGUCAAUUUGAUGCAGUUGAUAUUAAUAAUCUCUACCUGUUCUGGUACAAGCAUAAAGUAAAUGGCUUCCCAAAGUUCAUGCUGGGACGUUUUUCUGUUGGAAGUGCAAAUGCCACUGAGUUCAAGGAGAGAUUUGAUGCCCAUCUAGAUAAAGACUCCAAAUCAGUCCCCUUGACGAUCCAGAGGUUGCAGCUGUCUGACUCUGCUGUGUACUACUGUGCUCUGAAGCCCACUGUGACAACAGGAUAUACAGCCCCCUUACAAAAACAUACUGAGCUACACAAUGACAAUACACCUGUAUGUACAGUAUUCAACACCACUUUGAAAUUGACACAGCAACCUUCUCACUACCUUCCUGAGACUACCAAGACUAGUGGUAGCAGAUGAUGAUAAUCAUAGUGAUGAUGAUUAUACGGUAAGUCAUUGUUGAUGCCAAUAGAGCUCCCUCUUCCAAAUCAGCUGUAAUUGUAGAUGUAAGAGACAUUAAAAUUCCAUUGACAUAUCUCAUGGAUUAGAACAUAUACAGCUAGUAGUGUUUGACUAGAUUAAUUCAGGUAAAAAAAGUUAUACUCAGUAUUGUGUGGAGUAAUGUAAAAGCCAGCAUCAACCACAAGGGGGCCACAUUACCAAGUGAGUGUUGCUUUCUACUCUGAAAUGACUUGUCUAUUUGAACAUCCCCUCUGUUCUGUGCUGCAUGGUCUAGGCCUGUGCUGCUACAAAGACAGGAAUCAAGAGAGCACACCAGUUUCUAUAUUGUAACAUCAGUUUGUCUUGGUCUUUGUAUCCUAUGAUAAGUAUGGGACAUUGGCUGUGUACUUCUGUUGUUCUUGCUGCACUUCUCUUUGGUAGGAUAUGGCUCUCAUUAUCUUUUUCUCAAUACUCUGAUGUUACUGGAAUCCUGACAUUUAUCACAAAGGUAUUCUUCUUUGUUUCCAGAGUGCAGAGGAGCAGACAGUGCUAGUCAGUCAAAGAGAGAAGUGA